AUGUCUGCGGCUAGAGCAGAAGUGAACUUGCUGGACACAUCGACCAUCCACGGAGACUGGGGCUGGCUCACCUAUCCGGCUCAUGGGUGGGACUCCAUCAACGAGGUGGACGAGUCCUUCCGGCCCAUCCACACCUACCAGGUGUGCAACGUCAUGAGCCCCAACCAGAACAACUGGCUGCGCACCAGCUGGGUGCCCCGAGACGGCGCCCGGCGCGUCUACGCCGAGAUCAAGUUCACCCUGCGUGACUGCAACAGCAUGCCCGGCGUGCUGGGCACCUGCAAGGAGACCUUCAACCUCUACUACCUGGAGUCGGACCGCGACCUGGGCGCCAGCACUCAGGAAAGCCAGUUCCUGAAAAUUGACACCAUCGCGGCCGACGAGAGCUUCACGGGCGCGGACCUGGGGGUGCGGCGCCUCAAGCUCAACACGGAGGUGCGCGGCGUGGGCCCCCUCAGCAAGCGGGGCUUCUACCUGGCCUUCCAGGACAUCGGGGCGUGCCUGGCCAUCCUGUCUCUCCGCAUCUACUACAAGAAGUGCCCCACCAUGGUGCGCAACCUGGCUGCCUUCUCGGAGGCGGUGACGGGGGCCGACUCGUCCUCGCUGGUGGAGGUGCGGGGCCAGUGCGUGCGGCACUCGGAGGAGCGGGACACGCCCAAGAUGUACUGCAGCGCGGAGGGCGAGUGGCUGGUGCCCAUCGGCAAGUGCGUGUGCAGCGCCGGCUACGAGGAGCGGCGGGAUGCCUGUGUGGCCUGUGAGCUGGGCUUCUACAAGUCGGCCCCCGGGGACCAGCUCUGUGCCCGCUGCCCUCCCCACAGCCACUCUGCCACGCCCGCUGCCCAGGCCUGCCGCUGUGACCUCAGCUACUACCGCGCGGCUCUGGACCCACCGUCUGCUGCCUGCACCCGGCCGCCCUCGGCACCGGUGAACCUGAUCUCCAGCGUGAACGGGACGUCGGUCACCCUGGAGUGGGCGCCUCCCCUGGACCCGGGCGGCCGCAGUGACAUCACCUACAACGCCGUGUGCCGCCGCUGCCCCUGGGCGCUGGGCCACUGUGAGAAGUGCGGGGGCGGCACCCGCUUCGUGCCGCAGCAGACGAGCCUGGCGCAGGCCAGCCUGCUGGUCGCCAACCUGCUGGCCCACAUGAACUACUCCUUCUGGAUCGAGGCUGUCAACGGCGUGUCUGACCUGAGCCCCGAGCCCCGCCGGGCCGCCGUGGUCAACAUCACCACGAACCAGGCAGCCCCGUCCCAGGUGGUGGUCAUCCGCCAGGAGCGGGCCGGGCAGACCAGCGUCUCGCUGCUGUGGCAGGAACCGGAGCAGCCCAACGGCAUCAUCCUGGAGUACGAGAUCAAGUACUACGAGAAGGACAAGGAGAUGCAGAGCUACUCCACCCUCAAGGCUGUCACCACCAGGGCCACUGUCUCGGGCCUCAAGCCGGGCACCCGCUACGUGUUCCAGGUCCGAGCCCGCACCUCGGCGGGCUGCGGCCGCUUCAGCCAGGCCAUGGAGGUGGAGACCGGGAAACCCCGACCCCGCUAUGACACCCGGACCAUCGUCUGGAUCUGCCUGACCCUCAUCACCGGCCUGGUGGUGCUUCUGCUCCUGCUCAUCUGCAAGAAGAGGCACUGUGGCUACAGCAAGGCCUUCCAGGACUCUGACGAGGAGAAGAUGCACUAUCAGAACGGGCAGGCGCCCCCACCUGUCUUCCUGCCGCUGCACCAUCCGCCAGGGAAGAUCCCGGAGCCCCAGUUCUACGCAGAGCCCCACACUUACGAGGAGCCGGGCAGGGCUGGCCGCAGUGUGACCCGGGAGAUCGAAGCCUCCAGGAUCCACAUUGAGAAGAUCAUCGGCUCAGGAGAGUCUGGGGAAGUCUGCUACGGGCGGCUGCGGGUGCCAGGACAGCGGGACGUGCCCGUGGCCAUCAAGGCCCUCAAAGCCGGCUACACGGAGAGGCAGCGACGGGACUUCCUGAGCGAGGCGUCCAUCAUGGGCCAGUUCGACCACCCCAAUGUCAUCCGCCUGGAGGGCGUCGUCACCCGUGGCCGCCUGGCAAUGAUCGUGACCGAGUACAUGGAGAACGGGUCCCUGGACGCCUUCCUGCGGACGCACGACGGCCAGUUCACCAUCAUGCAGCUGGUGGGCAUGCUGCGGGGGGUGGGCGCCGGCAUGCGCUACCUCUCGGACCUGGGCUACGUCCACCGCGACCUGGCCGCCCGCAACGUCCUGGUUGACGGCAACCUGGUCUGCAAGGUGUCGGACUUCGGGCUCUCGCGGGUGCUGGAGGACGACCCUGAUGCCGCCUACACCACCACGGGAGGGAAGAUCCCGAUCCGCUGGACGGCCCCCGAAGCCAUCGCCUUCCGCACCUUCUCCUGGGCCAGCGACGUGUGGAGCUUCGGUGUGGUCAUGUGGGAGGUGCUGGCCUACGGGGAGAGGCCCUACUGGAACAUGACCAACCGGGACGUCAUCAGCUCUGUGGAGGAGGGCUACCGCCUGCCCGCGCCCAUGGGCUGCCCUCGCGCCCUGCACCAGCUCAUGCUCGACUGCUGGCAGAAGGACCGUGCCCAGCGGCCUCGCUUUUCCCACAUCGUCAGCGUCCUGGACGCUCUCAUCCGCAGCCCCGAGAGCCUCAGGGCCACAGCCACGGUCAGCAGGUGCCCACCUCCAGCCUUCGCCCGGAGCUGCUUCGACCUCCGAGGCGGCGGGGGCAGCGGCGGGGGUCUCACCGUGGGGGACUGGCUGGACUCCAUCCGCAUGGGCCGCUACCGGGACCACUUUGCUGCUGGUGGUUACUCCUCGCUGGGCAUGGUGCUGCGAAUGAAUGCUCAGGACGUGCGUGCCCUGGGCAUCACCCUCAUGGGCCACCAGAAGAAGAUCCUGGGCAGUAUCCAGACCAUGAGGGCCCAGCUGACUAGCACCCAGGGGCCCCGCCGGCAUCUGUGACCCCACCGCACCCAGGUCCCGCCGGAUGUCAGGGGACUGGCAGGGCUGCCGGCGGCUGGGGCGGCUCCCGGCCUCUGUCCCUCCUCUCAGGUGCAGCGGAGGCCUGGACUCCACUGCCGGACCUGGAGCUGCCGGGGGUCAGGACACCAGGGCCGCAGGUGCCUGCCCCGCCGGAACAUGGCCUCCGGAGCGGAGGGACUGCCCUCCCUCGGGGCCGGCGCUCCCCACAGAGGCGUGGCUCAAGGCCUGUGUGUGUGUCUGUGGGUGUGUUCUCACCAGGUCACGGGCGCCCACGAAGCAUGUGUGGUCACGCGUGUGUCCCCACCUCCAGGCCCAGCAUGGAUGUGUGCUCGUGCGUGAGGCUGGGGGAGGAGGCUCCAGCCUGUGAGCAGGGAGCGCGUGACAGCCCCGGGAUGCGGCCCCAGGCCUCAGUGCCACAGGGACUGAGGAGAAGCUGGUGCCACCGCCCCCAGUUCUGGAGGCCGGAGCCAGGGGCCACGUCUGAACCGCACCAGCACCGGGCUCCCCUCAUCUCCGCCCGGGUGAGCCCACCCCUGGCUCUAUCUCAGGUCUGAGCCCUCCCUCUCUCAGGUGGGGGCCACCUGCAGCCUCCACCUGGCUCCCAUCGCUGCUUCAACAGGAAAACAGGGUUCCCGGCCAGCCUUCUGGCCACCUUCUGUAUGGGCAUGAGAUGCCCUUAGCUGGACCCGGCUGCCUGGCCAGGGGCCAGGAGCCACCAACACCCCUCUCUGCUGCCCCUCCAUGGCCUGGGUCCCUCGACGGGACGUCCCCUUGCCAACCUCUCACUGCCCAGCCCUGGCCUGCCCCCACCCCACGCAGGAUCAGGGACCAGAAGAUGCUACCUUUUCAGCCCCAAGUCCACCCCUCUCUGCCAGCUGGGGAGACCAAGGCCUAGACAGGGUGUAGCUUGUCCAGGGCCACACAGCACCCACGUCCAGAGACGCGGCCCCCUGGGCCCACCCAGGGCUCCUGCCCCACACCCUCCCACACAGACUGCAGGCAGGAGAGGACUUGGGAAACCGCCCCCCCCCCCGAGACUGGCCCUCCCCCUUACGGCCCACCAGGGUAUGUAAAUAUCUUUUCUACCAUGUCAGAAUAUUUUUUCCUCACUCCUGACAAUGCAAAAAUGGUCUUCAAAGCACAUAAAAAGCCCCCAGGGUGAGAAAACCCCAUCCCAGGGGAAGUUUGGCAGCAGGGCCCAAGGAACCCCCCAGGCAGGAUGCUGGUGCGCCCUGCCACCCCGAGGGAGGGGCAAGCCCGGCCCCCUCCCCUGCCCACCCUUCCUGUAGCCAGCACAGCUGUUCUGCGGAGACACCAGCACUGAGCCCCCUCUCCCUCCUGCAAUAAUUCGGGGGUCUCAGCCCCGCCCAGGUGCCGCGGCCAGCUCUCUACACCUCGAUAUAUUAUAUGACUAUAUAGCCGAGCUGCUCUUCCUUCCUAUGGAAGCUGGAAUCAUGGUCAGGACACGAUCAGGGAGGACCCUGUCUUCCUCCCACCCCCCACCCCCCAUCACCCACUUCCUGGACUCUGUAUCCUCAUGGUCACGGGCACAGCGAGCCUGGCGCUUGCACAGUGUGGUCUGUGCCCUGGCGAGAGGUGCCCCUGGGAUCCCAGGGAUCCGCCUGUGUGGUCUCCAGCCUGAGCCUUCAACUUCCCCACAAUGAGAAUAAAUUCUGCCU